AUGCAGAAUCAGAGACUGAAGCAACAACAGCAGCAGGCCUUGAUGCAUCAGGCUUUACUUCAGCAACAGUCGCUUUAUCACCCUGGCCUCUUGGCUGCUCCUCAGAUUGAGCCAAUCCCAAGUGGAAAUCUGCCGCCUGGGUUUGAUCCAAGUACAUGCCGCAGUGUGUAUGUUGGAAAUAUUCACACACAGGUAACUGAACUACUACUUCAAGAAGUUUUUGCAAGUACUGGUCCUGUAGAAAGCUGCAAGCUUAUUAGAAAAGAAAAGUCAUCCUAUGGGUUUAUUCAUUAUUUUGAUCGUAGAUCAGCUGGACUUGCGAUACUGUCUCUUAAUGGAAGACAUCUGUUUGGGCAGCCUAUUAAAGUUAACUGGGCAUAUGCCAGUGGUCAGAGGGAGGAUACAUCAAGUCACUACAAUAUUUUUGUUGGUGAUCUCAGUCCCGAGGUUACUGAUGCCAUGUUGUUUGCUUGCUUUUCUGUUUACCCAAGUUGUUCUGAUGCAAGGGUUAUGUGGGACCAGAAGACUGGACGCUCUAAGGGAUAUGGGUUUGUCUCCUUCCGGAGUCAGCUGGAUGCCCAAAGUGCAAUCAAUGAUCUAACUGGAAAAUGGUUGGGCAGUAGGCAGAUGCGCUGUAACUGGGCCACAAAAGGUGCUGGUGCCAGUGAUGACAUGCAGAAUGCGGAUUCUAAAAGUGUCGUGGAAUUAACAAAUGGCUCCUCCGAAGAUGUUAAAGAGGCAGCAAAUAGUGAUGCUCCCGAGAAUAACCCUCAGUACACGACUGUGUAUGUCGGCAAUCUUGCUCCAGAGGUAACCCAGGUGGACCUCCAUCGCCACUUCCAUGCUCUUGGUGCUGGAGCAAUUGAGGAAGUUCGUGUACAGCGUGAUAAAGGGUUUGGUUUUGUAAGAUACAGUACCCAUGUGGAGGCUGCUAUGGCUAUUUCAAUGGGAAAUACAUUUCUCUGUGGAAAACAAAUUAAGUGUUCGUGGGGUAACAAGCCAACUCCGCCUGGAACAAGCUCAAACCCUCUCCCGCCUCCUGCCCCUGGACCCUUGCCAGGCAUUUCACCGACUGACCUUUUGGCUUAUGAACGGCAACUUGCUUUGAGCAAGAUGAGCGGCGUUCAUGCUCUCAUGCAACCCCACGGGCAACUCUCUCUGAAGCAAGCAUCCAUGGGAAUGGGUGCUGGUGCAAGCCAGGCUAUCUAUGAUGGUGGUUUCCAGAAUGUAGCUGCUGCCCAGCAUCUCAUAUUGGAAACCAUGGUAGGACUGGUGAUGUCUAGGUUGGACUUGGUGGAGGAGUUGUCUGGGGAACUGGUGAUAGAGGUGGCAUUGCGGGUGGCUGUGGUUUUGUCUGGUAAACGAACGGAGGAGGUGGCGUUGGUGGAAAUGGAGGUAAGAACCAUGGUAGGCUAA